CACUAUUAAGUAAAAAAAUUAGGGUGUCAGUUUAUACUGCCAAUAAUAGAGGUAUAGGAAGUGUCAACAAACUACCUGACAUGAAUACACUUUGUUUAAAGACUGAAUCUGUAAACGUGUAUUGGUUUCAAUUAUGUUUCACUGUUGGUAAACAAGACAAGGCAGUCUAAGCAAUCACAAAAUGAUAAUAUUUCCAUAAUUUGGUCUGGUUUGGUCAGGUUCGGCUCAUUUCCUAAUUUCAAUCAUUUAAACCGUGCUCUAUUUAGGAAGCUGCAACUUACAGUAGUCGAAAUGCAACGUUCCUGUAGUGUGAAGGGAUGCCCGAAUAAGUUUAACACCAGCGGAGACAGUUCUGGAAUAACGUAUCAUAAAUUUCCAAAAGAUCCUGACUAUCUCGGUAACUGGGUUCGUUUCUGUGGAUGGCGCGAUACAUGGAAACCAUGGCGGAAAGAUUUCAUAUGUUCUGUGCACUUCGAAGAAUUUUUGUUCGAUGGUUUUAUGGAUGAUCGACUAUUGAAGAGUGAUGGUAGGAAACUGAAUAAUUAUCUUUUUGUGAAACAAUAUAGCGUGAUUUCGAAAUGUAUCCUUGAAACUAGCCGAGAUAAUGUUUGCUUAACGCCAGCAGAUGAUAUAACACUGGAAUCCGAUGAGUUCGAAUGUAAGACUAAUACAUUUGAAAUGGAAUAUGGCGAAGCUCUUACUUGGGAUAAAAUUAACUGCAAGAUAUGCCAAUCAGAAUUGCAGCCGGGUGUUAAAUAUUUGCUUGAAGACGUUGUGGAUGGUGAUUCUUAUAAGGACAUAAUAGAAGACACGUUGAAUAUUACGGUUUGCUAUGAAAUCGGGGAACAUCUGUGGAUCUGCAACAAAUGCAGUAAAUUUAUUGAGGAUUUAUAUUCAUUUGUGAAUGUAUGCCGUCAAUCGCUAUGUCAGACUUUGAAAGGACUAAAGAAAAAUUCGAAUUCUGCUUCGAUUAAAAAUGAGCAUUGUACUGAUCACAGAACAAACGUAUUAAAAAAUGACAUUUCAGCUCAACAAGAUAUGGCAGACAUGACUAUUUCAGAACAAAUUAAAGUUGAACCGAUUGAUGAUACUCACACCCGCAACGAAGAAUCUGUUCAAUGUGACCCCGUAUCAGAAGCGUCACCAACCAAAAACAGUAAAGUUUCGACGCAAAGUGGCAUCAGUGGAAUACACGUCAAAAAUGUUCCAAAGCGGUAUAAGAGGAAACAUCCCAAUACACCAGUUAGCUGUGAUUUAUGCGGAAAAGUUUAUGCAAACAUCCGUAUACGGCAUUUGCAUAUGAACGAACAUACAAAACGAAUCAAGUACCCUUGUAGAUAUUGUGACAGGAUGUUCUAUGCUUGGAAAUAUCGUAAGCAACAUGAACGAUCUCAUUAUGACCAUUCUUGCAAAGAAUGCAACAGGUCAUUUUCUACCAAAAGGCAACUCAACUACCACGUUAAAGUGUCACAUGAUGGAAGAAGUCUCGAAUAUUUCUGCCAACACUGCAACUAUAAGGUUUACAAUAAGCGCAGUUUAAUGUUCCACGUACGCAGUACUCAUACCGAUAAACGACCCUACAAAUGUUUAGUAUGUUCUGCUGCAUUUAGCACUCGCUCCAACCACUAUAGCCACUUUUGCGUACAUAGGGAUAAGGGAGAAGCCAAAGAUUAUCAGGUACUGUGCGCUUAUUGUCCGAGGAUUUUCUCGAAAUAUGCCCCUUUCGAAUUGCACAUAAGCGCUGCCCACCCCGAACACGCUGUUGUUGUUUGACUUGAUACCAUCACAGACAGUUAGGAAAGGUCAUUAAAAAUGAGCUAUCUCACCAAUGUACCGUACCGUACCGUAGGCUUCGGAAUUCUCACUCAUAUGAAUAAAAACUUAGGAUUAAUCCAUUUAUCGGAGCGUGUUUUUUCAUGUUCCCCUGUGAGGAACAACAUUUUCAUCCGGAUAGAAUGACUGGUGAUAAGUUCGUGAUCACCGGCUCGCCCGAUAAUUUAAUUUUGCUACAAGUUUUCCUUCUCGUCGUUUCUACAGAUACAUUUUACAAGCAUAUUUACAAAAAUUAAGGACCGCGGCGGGAUUCGAACCCAAAACAAUUUUGAAAUGUUUAGAUCGCCCACUAUAACCACGCCACCACAUGAACUGAUUUAAAGCAAAUAGAAAAACUAUUGUAUUGAACCUUCUACUUAUCGUUGGGCAUCGUCAGAUUCAAUCAGUUUGGAGAGGCAAAGUAAGCAGCAUUUGAUUUUCGCGAAACAUGGGAAGAGGGAUAACAUUUUUUCGCACCAUCGCUUGUGCCGGAGUUUAUCGCACUGUAAUUUAUCCGGAUGAAAUGGAUGGCGGAGAGAUCUGUUGUCGCGUGAGUGAGUGAGAAAUCCGAACCCUGCGUAUAAAGAGUCAAUGGAUAGUCAGCAAUAAGUCAUAGUAAGAUGAAAUAAAUAAAUAACCGUUGAAAAUUGAAAAUGUAUA